UGGAGGAAGAUCAGAUCCUUGACAUUUCCACUCCUUCUGGUGGGAAUAUCAGAUCCGAAGGAAGUUGGGGAAAGUAGUCAGAAUCCCAGCUUCUUCCUGCAAGAAACCCUUCUCCUUCUCUUGAAAUUGCCGGAUACUCAUUCUCCAAACCCACAUACUCCUCGAUGGAAGACAGAGUCGUCGCCGUCAUCAUGGUGGGUGGACCCACUAAAGGAACUCGUUUUCGACCUUUGUCCUUGAAUAUUCCAAAGCCACUCUUCCCUUUGGCAGGGCAACCCAUGGUUCAUCAUCCCAUCUCGGCUUGCAAAAGAAUUCCUAACUUGGCGCAAAUCUAUCUCGUUGGCUUCUAUGAGGAGCGUGAGUUUGCUCUCUAUGUUUCUUCAAUCUCAAAUGAGCUGAGGGUCCCUGUCCGAUACCUGAGAGAAGACAAACCACAUGGAUCAGCAGGUGGCCUUUACAAUUUCAGAGAUCGGAUCAUGGAAGACAGUCCGUCACAUAUCUUUUUGCUGAAUUGUGAUGUUUGCUGCAGUUUUCCGCUGCCAGAUAUGCUUGUGGCUCAUAAAAGAUAUGGCGGGAUGGGAACAAUCUUAGUGAUCAAGGUAUCAGCUGAAUCAGCCAAUCAGUUUGGCGAAUUGGUGGCUGAUCCAAUCACCAACGAACUGUUGCAUUACACAGAAAAACCCGAAACCUUUGUAAGCGAUCGAAUAAACUGUGGUGUUUACAUAUUCACACCAGAUAUUUUCACUGCUAUCCAUGAUGUUUCUACACAGCGGAAAGACAGAGCUAACUUGCGACGUGUAUCCAGCUUUGAAGCCCUCCAAUCAGCAACAAAGACCCUUCCUACAGAUUUCGUAAGGCUAGAUCAAGAUAUCCUGUCACCUCUUGCUGGGAAGAAGCAGCUAUAUACAUAUGAAACCUUGGAAUUUUGGGAACAGAUCAAGACACCAGGGAUGUCUUUGAAAUGUUCUGCCCUGUAUCUCUCUCAAUUCCGGCUCACUUCUCCCCAUUUUCUUGCUAGUGGGGACGGUACCAAGAAUGCUACAAUAAUUGGUGAUGUUUAUGUUCAUCCAUCUGCAAAAGUGCAUGCAACGGCGAAGAUUGGGCCCAAUGUGUCAAUUUCCGCAAAUGCUCGUAUAGGAGCUGGUGUAAGGCUCAUUAGUUGCAUCAUUCUUGAUGAUGUUGAAAUCCAGGAAAAUGGAGUUGUUAUAAAUGCAAUUGUUGGAUGGAAAUCAUCUAUUGGAAAAUGGUCACGUGUUCAGGGUGAAGGUGAAUACAACACAAAACUAGGAAUUACCAUCCUUGGUGAAUCUGUGACUGUAGAAGAUGAAGUCGUCGUUGUUAACAGCAUUGUCCUUCCUAAUAAGACUCUGAACGUGAGUGUACAAGAGGAAAUCAUUCUAUGACAAAAGCAAAAAGCAAAUAUCAACCCAGUUGUUUCGAUAUUUUAAAAUUAUCAUCAUUAUUACCAGUAUUGUUUCUGUGGUCCAAACUCCAAACAAGCAUAGCUUGCUUGUCAUUU